AAACCGUCAAGGUCCCUGAGGAAAUAAGGGAGCGGCGGACUCCAGCCCGAACGCGCGGCUGAGCAGCUGGCGGCGCGCGUGAGGGCGGGGGCGGUGCAUGCGUGUGUGCGCGUGAGUCUGUGUGUGUGUGUGUGUGGAGCUCUGGUGCGGAGAGCCAGCCGCCAAUUCCCGGGGGCUGCUCCCCCGCCGUCUUCCUCAUCCCCUCUCUGACCCUGCUCCUUCCCUACGACCUUCCCACGCCUUAACGGUCGCUCGCUGAGGGAGUCCCCGGGGAAGCAGGUGUGGGAACAGGCAGGUCGUACCAGACAAAAGGGGCGCGGGGGUCAGCCCGCCAUGGCCUCGCGGAGCCUGGUGGGGCUGGGUGGGAGCCGCGGCGCGGGUGGCAGCGGCAAGAAGAGCCUGAGCGCCCGCAACGCCGCGGUGGAGAGGAGGAACCUGAUCACCGUGUGCAGGUUUUCUGUGAAGACCCUGAUUGAUCGAUCCUGCUUUGAGACAAUUGAUGAUUCUUCUCCUGAAUUUAAUAAUUUUGCAGCUAUUUUGGAACAGAUUCUAAGUCACCGGCUAAAAGAGAUGUCCCAAAGUUGCAGAUGGCUGGCUCAUCUCCAAAUACCUCUUCAAGGUCAAGUAACCUGGUUUGGUUAUGAAAGUCCUCGUAGCUUCUGGGACUAUAUCAGAGUGGCUUGCCGGAAAGUUUCACAGAAUUGUAUCUGCAGCAUUGAAAACAUGGAAAAUGUCAGUUCCUCUAGAGCUAAGGGUAGAGCCUGGAUCAGAGUAGCACUCAUGGAAAAACACUUAUCUGAAUACAUCUCUACAGCUCUGAGAGACUUCAAAACAACCAGGAGAUUUUAUGAAGAUGGAGCAAUUGUCUUGGGUGAGGAAGCAAAUAUGCUUGCUGGCAUGUUGCUUGGACUCAAUGCUAUUGAUUUCAGCUUCUGCCUAAAGGGAGGAUUGGAUGGCAACUUUCCUGCUGUAAUAGACUAUACACCGUAUUUAAAGUUUACCCAAAGUUCUGAUAGCAUCAGCAGUGAUGAGGAGGAGCUGAGGACUUUGGGAAGCAGUGGUAGUGAAAGCAGCACUCCGGAGAACGUUGGGCCACCUUUCAUCAUGGAUGAGAAUAGUUGGUUCAACAAGUGUAAGAGAGUUAAACAAAAAUAUCAACUAACCCUGGAACAGAAGGGUUAUCUCGAAGAACUCUUACGACUUCGAGAGAACCAGCUGUCUGAAUCUGUCUCCCAAAACAAAAUACUGCUACAGAGGAUUGAAGAUUCUGAUCUGGCUCAUAAACUGGAGAAGGAACAAUUAGAAUACAUAAUUGUGGAGCUUCAAGAUCAGCUGACUGUGCUAAAGAAUAAUGAUUUAAGAUCAAGACAAGAGUUAACUACCCACCUCACCAACCAGUGGCCUUCCCCAGGAGCUCUGGAUGUCAAUGCUGUUGCCUUGGAUACGUUGCUUUACCGAAAACACAAUAAACAGUGGUAUGAAAAAAGUUGUCAAAGUCUUGACCAGUUAUCAGCUGAAGUUAGCCUUUCUCAGUCCUCACUAGAUCCAGGACAGUCACAGGAAGGAGAUGGAAAACAAGACACAUUAAGUGAAGGUAAAGAAGAUACUCCCUCACUACUUGGUCUCUGUGGGUCUCUAACAUCAGUGGCAAGUUACAAAUCUCUAACAAGCCUAAAAUCUAAUGACUACCUUGCAAGUCCUACAACAGAGAUGACAAGUCCAGGUCUAACUCCAUCUUGAAAAAUUUUAUGUAAAAGCCAAAAGUUUUUAUGUUACACAUGUUCAAUUUACAUAAGUUUGACUGCUGGGAAAACCUUUGGAAUUUUCUAUUGUUCUGGCACAUGUCUGGAAUUCUAUUGCUUAUUAUAUAAUUCAGUCCAUUCCAUGUAAACUUCUGAGUAAAAAAAAAAAAGAUCCUGCCAUUUUUCAUUUUAAACUUCUUAUAUUUGUCACUGAGGAAGUAUAAAAUUGAAUAGGCUUAAAAAAACGUUCAAGUGAUCCUCCAAAUUAACAGUCCAUUGGCAAAUUGUACAUAUAUUUAAAUUUAUCAUAAUUACUAGAAACUGAGUUCAGUGUUUUUAUUCUAGAUGCUUUAGCCAAGUAUUUUCUUUUGCUCUUUUAUUCAAUGAUCAAAUUUUCUAAAAAUGACUUAUUUUUCAUGAAUUUCUUCCUAGGUUCCAUUGUUUAAAUGCCUUGUCUUUAAAGUGAGGAGGAAGGCUCUCAGCGACAGUUUCACAAUGGCUUGUUCAGAUUUUAACAGUUAUCAUUUGGCAUCAACUGAACAUUCCCCAUAACAUUUUAUAAAUUUUGUAGGAUGUGUCUUCAGUCAGUUUCUGAAUUUGUUAGGGUAAUAGGGAAAGUACUUUACUGUAUUUUAGGUCAUUUCGGUAAAAUGAUUAAGUUUCUUGUCAUUGUUUCCCCAAGAUUUUCUUAAAAGGUUAUCAGUUUAAAAAUUGAUCAAGCUUAUGCCUCAUAAGUUGGAAACAUUUCAAAACAUAGAACAAAUGUUGAAAAAGUAUUUUAUCAGGAAAGAUUUCAGGAUCAUUUAAGGAAUUGAGAAGCUUUUACGUAAGGAUCAGUAGGCUAAUCACCACACUUAACACUAUGUCUGACAUCUAGUGCUGUUUUUCUCCCUGGUGUACAGCAACAAAUUGUGUCAUGUGUGCUUCACAGUUUCUAUCAUUAAUCAUGCCCUAAUCUCAUUUUAAAGCUGAUGCUACUGUGAAAAACUGCUGCACUUCUACACUGUAAAAAAUGUUUUCUUUAAAAAAAAAAAAAAAGCUAUGAGCUGUCUUUUAAAUUUUUGCAAAUUUUGGAACUAUACAUUUGGUCCCUAAAAAUUCCACUGUAUUGAGAGAGAAAAUAUCUGAAGUAUAUUUUCUAUAAUAACAUGAGGAAAAAAUGAUCAGUUGUGCCAAAGAAGUUUUAUACAUUGUUUACAUGAAGAGGCUUCUACAAUGCCUAUUGGGGACUUCAUAUACUUAUUUCUAUUUGUUAAUAAAACAUUACAUGCAAACUUAGUAGUUUUGACAUAUAGAAAGAAUGUUCCUCCUAAAAUAUUUUAUUGAGAGGAGAUAAGCACUUAUCACAGUCAUUAGUAAUGUGGGAGAGUGGUGAGUCUCUGCAAUAUUUAGAGCUUUACUCUCAUAAUUUGGAAUUUGAGACAAUAAAUAGUAAUAAAAGGCUAGUCUUAUAUGUAAGACAGGUCAAACAGUGUCAUUUUAGGGACAAAGGAGGCCUGGGAGCCCUUAAAAUAAAUUAUCUUAGAUGUACCAGAGCAUAUUCUGAGCUUUAUUCCUUUAGCUUAAGGCUUUAGUACUUGUAGUAAUGCAAGUAUUCUUGAGAAAUGGUACCUUUAAUCUAUUCUUAAUUCUGUGUACCCUAUUGUGAGGUAUCUAAAGCAAUCGGUAAGGAGUUCCCAUCAUGGCGUAGUGGUUAACAAAUCCUACUAGGAACU